AUGCGUGGAUUUAUGGUUUUGUGUUUGGUUGCAUUGGCCUCUGCCUCUCAUCAAGGAUAUAAUUAUCCUACCCAAUCCAAUGCUGCUACUGGUGGUCUUUACGGAGCCCAACCUUUGAUUACAAAACGUUUCUUCAUUCACUCAGCACCUGAGGAAGAGGGCGUUGAAGUCCAAAAUCAUGAUAUUGCUGUCGGAACACCACGCAAAAAUUACAAUGUAGUUUUCGUUAAGGCUCCAGCUGAAAAACAACAAAAGAUCAAGGUCCGCGUCACACCAGCUGUUAAUGAAGAAAAAACUGCCGUCUAUGUGCUGUCCAAGAAAAAUGAUGCUCCCAUUGUGGAAACUUUUGUUCAAGAACCUUCGACCACUACCAGUAAGCCUGAAGUUGCUUUCAUUAAAUAUCGUACCAACGAAGAAGCUGAACAUGCUCAACAUCAUAUCCGUGCUGAGUAUGAGCGUUUGGGUGGUACCACCAGUGUUUCGGAUGAAGGUGUAUCUGCCAUAAAAUCGGUUAUUGGUAUUUUGGAUGGUUUACAACAACAAGGGGCUGUUUCGUCAAAUUAUUUACCACCAGCAAAGAGACAUUAA